CGCCAUCUUUGUUGCGGUGUUUUGGCAUUGGUAAUAGAGAUGUUCUGGUUUUAAUUUUUCACAAAUUAGUUUUACUCAAAAGCGUAUAUAUUGAAAGUAGACCUGCCAAAACAAUUUCAAAAUGUCGAAGCGUAGAUUGGAUAUAGGAGAUCCGUAUGUCCGCCGAACGGACAUGAAAGAAGGCGGUCCGACAUCUAGUAAAAAAACAGCCGUUCUGUUACCAACUAUUAUGGCACCAAAAAAUCCAUACACCGGAUUGCCAUUCACUCCUAAGUAUAAUGAGCUGCUCCGGAAAAGGAUGACUCUUCCUGUGUGGGAGUACAAAGAAAAGUUCAUGCAGCUGCUAAGAGACAACCAAUCAAUCGUCCUUGUGGGUGAAACUGGCUCAGGAAAAACAACACAAAUUCCUCAAUGGUGUGUGGAGUUCUCAAGGGCCAACGGCAAAAAGAGCGUUGCGUGCACACAGCCCAGGAGAGUUGCAGCGAUGUCUGUAGCCCAACGUGUGUCUGAAGAAAUGGAUGUUUGCCUUGGCCAGGAAGUGGGCUACAGCAUUCGUUUCGAAGAUUGCUCUUCAGCCAAAACAAUCUUGAAAUACAUGACAGACGGUAUGUUGCUCAGAGAGGGAAUGUCAGACCCUAUGCUGGACAAUUACCAAGUGAUCCUUCUUGACGAAGCUCACGAGAGAACAUUGGCUACAGACAUCUUGAUGGGUGUAUUGAAAGAGGUUAUCAAGCAGAGGCAAGAUCUCAAGUUAGUUGUCAUGUCAGCCACCCUGGAUGCUGGCAAGUUCCAGCAGUACUUUGACCAUGCUCCUCUGAUGAACGUCCCUGGGCGAACGCACCCUGUCGAGAUUUUCUACACGCCUGAGCCUGAGCGCGAUUAUCUGGAAGCAGCCAUCCGAACCGUCAUUCAGAUUCACAUGUGCGAAGAAAUAGCAGGAGACGUCCUCCUAUUCUUAACUGGCCAGGAAGAAAUCGAGGAAGCAUGCAAAAGAAUCAACAGAGAAAUAGACAAUCUCGGCCCAGAAGUUGGCGAACUCAAAUGCAUUCCCCUUUACUCCACUCUGCCCCCAAAUCUACAGCAAAGAAUUUUUGAGGCUGCCCCUCCACCAAAAGCAAAUGGGGCAAUUGGCAGGAAAAUUGUCGUUUCUACAAACAUUGCUGAGACUUCUUUGACCAUUGAUGGAGUUGUCUUUGUCAUCGACCCUGGUUUUGCAAAGCAAAAGGUCUACAAUCCGAGGAUCAGAGUGGAAUCUCUUCUCGUUUCCCCAAUCAGCAAAGCCAGUGCUCAGCAGCGCGCUGGUCGAGCUGGUCGUACCAGGCCUGGCAAGUGCUUCAGACUCUACACAGAAAAGGCAUUCAAGCAGGAGAUGCAGGACAACACCUAUCCUGAAAUUCUGCGCUCCAACUUGGGUUCUGUUGUGUUGCAGUUGAAAAAAUUGGGUAUUGACGAUUUAGUUCACUUUGACUUCAUGGAUCCACCUGCUCCUGAAACCUUGAUGAGGGCUCUUGAGCUGUUGAACUACCUAGCCGCAUUGGACGACGACGGAAACCUAACAGAGCUGGGCGCCAUCAUGGCCGAAUUCCCGCUGGACCCUCAACUAGCAAAAAUGUUGAUAGCAAGCUGUCAGUUCAACUGCUCUAAUGAAAUCCUCUCCAUCACGGCCAUGCUCUCAGUCCCUCAGUGCUUUGUCAGGCCAAACGAAGCGAAGAAGGCUGCCGACGACGCCAAGAUGCGCUUUGCACACAUUGACGGAGACCAUCUCACCCUGCUUAACGUCUACCACGCCUUCAAACAAAACAUGGAAGACGCUCAGUGGUGCUAUGACAACUUUGUCAACUACCGCUCCCUAAAGUCUGCUGAUAACGUUAGACAGCAGCUUUCCAGAAUCAUGGACCGGUUCAACCUGAAAAGAACCUCAACCGAUUUUACAUCUAAGGACUAUUAUGUCAAUAUUAGAAAAGCUCUUGUCAGUGGCUUCUUCAUGCAGGUUGCCCACCUGGAGAGAACUGGACAUUAUCUGACCAUCAAGGACAACCAGAUUGUCCAAUUGCACCCAUCGACUUGCCUGGACCAUAAACCUGAUUGGGUUAUCUAUAAUGAGUUUGUUCUCACAACCAAAAACUACAUUCGCACAGUUACAGAUAUCAAAGCUGAUUGGCUGUUAAAAGUUGCGCCGCAGUACUAUGAACUAAGUAACUUCCCGCAGUGUGAGGCUAAACGCCAGUUGGAGCAGAUUCAGGCGCGUCUGGAGAGCAGACAGUUCACAGAGGGCUUCUAAAUUAAAUCAUCCUAUCGCGCUUGUCAUCAGCUGUUGUGCCAGUAGCGACCUUUGCUUUUUUAAUAUCACAACAUUGCGGUCUGUGCUGCGAUUUUUGGUGUAGUUUGAAAUAUAUGGUUUUGGACGAAUAUGUGGCACUUUUAUAAUUCCAAGGAAUUUGGCUGUAAUAAAUAUUCAAAACACCUA